AGGACCUGGGAGGAGUACUCAGUACCCCAGGGGCCGGGGCCCUGGGGAGGGGAGGGGCGCACACCCACCCAGCCGGAGCCUGCGUUUCCUGAGGAGCCCCUGCCGGCGUCUGGGGCGAGAUGGCCGCGGGCGUCCGGGCGUCCCAGCCGCAGGUCCUUGUCUGCCUCGGGGUGCUGCUGGCCCGCUGGGUCGCCGCAGGAUUGGAGGCUCUGGUCAUUGGACAGGUUCACGAGAACAUUACUCUGCACUGUGGCAACGUCUCGGGACCAAGGGGCUCGGUAACCUGGUACCGGGAUGACUCGGAGCCUGUCUUCCUCCUGUCCUACAAUUCCAGCUUCCCGCCGGCUGAGCCGCGCUUCUCUCUGGCAGAUGCCAGCUCGCUGCACAUCACCGCGCUGAGGCCGCGGGAUGAGGGCAACUACACCUGCCGGGAGGUCCUGAACGAGACCCGGCGGUUCCGAGUGUGGCUGCAGGUGGCUGGCGGCCCCUGUGAGGUUGAGGUCAAUAUCUCCAGCACCGGCAAGCUCCCCAAUGGCACCGUCUAUGCGGCCAAGGGCUCCCAGGUGGACUUCAGCUGCAGCAGUAGCUCCUGGCCUCCACCAAUGGUUGAAUGGCAGUUUCGGGCCCCAGAUUCCAGCACCGAGCCCUUUGGAAACAACCUGACAGUCAGCUACUUCACUCUGCUGCUGAUGUCACAAAACCUCCAAGGAAACUACACCUGUUUGGCCACGAACAUGCGCACUGGGAGACAGCGAAAGGUGACCACCGAGCUCCUGGUCUACUUCCCCCCUCCAUCAGCCCCUCAAUGCCGGGCAGAGAUGUCACAAGGAUCACUCAUGCUGCAGCUCACCUGUCGCUGGGACGGGGGAUACCCAGACCCGGACUUCCUGUGGACAGAAGAGCCAGGAGGUGUGGUCGUGGGGACGUCAAAGCUGGGGGUGGAGAUGCUGAACCAGUCCCAGCUGUCAGAUGGCAAGAAGUUCAAGUGUGUUGGGAGCCACAUAGUGGGGCCAGAGCUGGGAGCCAGCUGUGCGGUACAGAUCAGGAGCCCCUCCCUUCUCUCUGAGCCCAUGAGGACUUGCUUCGUGGGCGGCAAUGUGACGCUCACCUGCCAAGUGACUGGAGCCUACCCCCCUGCCAAGAUCCUGUGGCUGAGGAACCUCACCCAGCCUGAGGUGGUCCUCCAGCCCAAUGGCCACUAUCUCAUCACGCAGAAUGGCCAGAUCUCCAGUCUCACCAUCCGCAACUGCUCCCAGGCCCUGGAUGAGGGCUACUAUGUCUGUCAGGCUGAGAACCCUGUGGGGGUGCGGCAGGUGGACAUCUGGCUGACCGUGAAAGAACCUUUAAAUAUCGGGGGACUUGUGGGCACCAUCAUGAGCCUCCUGCUGCUGGGACUGGCUAUCAUCUCAGGGCUUAUGUUAUAUUACAACCCCGUGUUCUGCUGGAAAGUAGGAAGCACUUUCAGGGGACAAGACAUGGGGGAUGUCAUGGUUUUGGUGGAUUCAGAAGAAGAGGAGGAGGUAGAGGAGGAAGAUGCCGCUGAAGAGGAGGAAGAAGAGGAGGAAGCAAAUGAGAGAGAGGCAUCGCCAGAAGAAAUCCGUAAGCAUGGCCACGUUCACAGAGUGACUGCCCUGGUGAAUGGGAAUGUCGACUGGAUGGGCAGUGGGCUCCAGGCUCUGCAAGAUGACAGCAGUGAGGAGCAGAGUGACAUCGUUCAAGAAGAAGACAGGCCAGUUUGAAGAAAGAGAACUAUCCUCCGUUAUCCCAUCUUAAAAGCCUGGAAAGCUACGUUGAAGAUGAGCUUUUCAUCCUGCUUUGACUUGACUUGCACCCCUGCCUGAGGGCUGAAAAUGGUUUGGGACACUCAGCGAAAAAAGAAAAACACACACACAGAUUCCCUUCCCCACCCCCCCCUUUUUUUUUCUAAAUUGGUUUGAUUUGCUGUUAAGUUUUCUCAUUGAUGUUAAAACGUGUCGGGAACAGGCAGUGCGUGGCGGGGAAAGGUGCAUUUGGCAUCUGAGGUGCCCCCUUCACGGUGACUCUGGCUUGAUCCAGGUUGACUGAUGCUGAUUUGGAGGGGACAAGAGUGGGGGGAAGCACCUGGCCUCCAUGCACAGUGCUCCCAGUACACUCUUAGAGGUCCGUGACCAGCUUGCCCCAUACACACAAGGGAAUAGUGUGGGGUGAUAGGGACACCUCCUUUAUCACUGCCCGGAAAGCCAGGCAGACGUCACCUCCCUGGAAAAGGUGAGGAGGUGUCCGAUACUGAUGGGGAGUCAAAGGGAGGCAGUUUGGCUCGGGUUUUGGAGUUGUAAACACCUAGGCUUGAACGUGGGCCCUGCUCCUUACUGGUUUCCUGGCCUUGGGCACGUUGCUUUCCUCUGCCGGGGCCUCAGUUUCCUCAUCUGUAAAAUAGGUGAAAUCAUACCUGCCUUACAGGGUAUGGUGGGGACUAAAUGAGGUAUUGUGGAGGGGAAAGUGCUAUCCAGCAGGUGUUCAGUAGAUGUUCUUUAUCCUCUCCUCUGCCUUUCCUAGUGGAAGAAACUAUGUCAUCUGUAAGUUACAGGCUGCUGCCUGGGCCUCUCCUUCUUUGUAAAAUGGUUUCAGAGGAAGCAUUAUCAGGG